CAUAGAAAAAAAAAUCAGUUGUCUUUUACGUAAAACUUUAUUUCCGCGCAGCUUUAGAUGUGUUUAUAUUAGAGAUCUAUAACAAUUCUUAACGUAACUAAAAUUUGUAAUUAAUUAUAAAAAGUGGAAUUUUACACAAUUUUUUAAAUUAAGUUAAUAGUUCAAACAAAUUACUAGAUGCAAGAUUAUUGAUAUUUGAGCGUAUUUAAUAGAUAUUUUGGAACAGACGUAUGUUAUUGUCGAGUUCAGUUGACAUAGCUAGUAUCCGACUUCAGUAUAACGAGUUAUAUCUACAUGGUAUACUAUUACGGUAUAUAAUACAUAAAAUUCGCAUUUGAACAUUCGGUCAGACAUUUUUACUUUCAAUUUUUUUCACUUUUGAAUUUUUAACUGGGUUCGAGUUAAAUAGACAUCGCUAUUAUGAAAUUACUGGCCGCAUCAUAAACUCGGUACAUGUGCAUUACAGGAAUCACGUUGAAAGAUGAAUAGGUUCCUGCUGGAUUUGCAGAAUAUUGAUUGGCAGAAUCAAGGGAUUGCCAACGACACCCCUCUGCGCGGUGAUUAUCCGAGGCUACGCAGGACUACCGAGCUGCUGGACGGUACGAAAUCGAUUAUUCCACGGAAAUGGCUUCUGUCGUCUACCCCGCAAAAGGCCAUCGACGAGGAACCCGAGCAAUCCGACGCGCAGAAAUUUCGACAUCCAAAUUGUAUAAAAAUCAAAACAUUUCCGUUAAUAUCAAAGCAGAUCUAUUCGGGGGACAGAUUCUUACCGUGCCGACGCGGUUACAGUUUCGAGAUGGCUCAUUAUCUAUUAAGAAAGAACGAUAAGGUGGAGAAUACGCACAUAAUAGAUGUUUGUAAAGAGGUUGAUUCGUUGGAUGUUACCUAUCGACGUAAGGCUUUGCGUGCGAUGAUAAUAGAGCGGGUUUUAAUGCCAGAAUUAGAUCAGGACAAGAUUUUACGCUUUAGCGGCUCGAUGGUGCGGCCUCGGAACCCGCCGCGUCCGGAAUACGAAGAGAAAAAGGGAAGCUGGAAAUGCGCGCCGCGUAAGAGGAGCCUGAUAGGAAGCGCCGACAAGAUGUUGUCUAUACCCGAUCGCUUCCCUGAUUCGCUGAGUAAUAACAGCAAGGCGGUCGAUUGGAGCUGCAACGACAUGAUCGCCGUGACUGAUUACGAUCGCCUGAAUAUAUACGACAACAACAGCGAAAAGGUGUCAUCGUACAGAGCCAACACGGAUACCGAUUCCGUUGAAAUCACCGACAUUAAAUGGGGCGAUGACGGUAAUAAAUUGAUAAUGUCCGUCUACAUUCCUAUUGCACACAUAUCGACGCUCACGAUGUACGAUUUGAAGAAGGAGAAGAUCUUGUGGGAGGUCACUUGUGAAUGUUGGUCUUUGUUCGCUGAAGCAGGCUGCGUUAUGCGCUGCAUCUGCUGGUCAGCUCGCGAUCGUCAGAUCGUCACCGGAUGCAACAGCAAAAUAUCAAUGUUCGACUCUGGCACGGGCAAGUUUCUGUACUCCAAGCACCAGCAUGAUUCUGACAUCCUGACCCUCAGUUUCUCGCCGAAUUUCAAGCAUCUUGUAUCGACCGCGCAGGACAGACUCGUCCGAGUGUUCGCCUGGCCAGAAUUAACGCCCUGUUUCAAUAUCAGAUUCUACAAACCUAUAAAGGCGGUCGCCUGGCAUCCGCAAGUGCCCGACUUGCUUUGCCUAGGCGGGAGAAAGAACGGAUCGUUGUCACUAUGGAACGUCAACAAAUGCGCGAUGAUGGCCCACGUGCGCCCCAAGUUCAAUGGUUGCGUGGAAAAUCUCGCUUGGAAUAAGUUAAGCGGCGAGUUGAUCGUACAUUGGACUUACAAGGAGGGGGACAACAAAUAUACCAUCGUCGCGGUGCUCGCCAGUUUCAAUCGGAUCGUCGACGUGCUGCCACUGGAUAAAGAAACGCAGCUCUCCUUCUUGAAGUUCAACGCCACGCAUGAACGACUGAUAACGUUUUGCAGCAACAACGUCUGCUCGAUAUGGAAUUUUUUUGGCAACGAGAAAUCAUUUCAAGGACAAUGUACGCGUCACUGCAGUUCUUCACAGAGGAGACAAGGAGUCAUGGUCCACAAUCCGAUUAGAUAAUUUAUUUAUUCCAAACACUUUGGAUGAUCUAUAAUUCAUGAUAUAUAUCAUGAAUAAUGGAACAUCUGUUAUAUCAUAACAUCGUGAUUUUGUAUCUGCGAAUGUCAUCGUCGUCAUCGGUUUCUUCGUCAGUAAGCCUAAUCGAUGCUUAGUCAAACCCUUUUGAAGAGUCGUCUUCUAUAAUGACGCCAUCGUCUUCAAAACAUUCAAAGAUAAUAUCUGCUUCCAUCUGUUAUCCACGUAUAUGUCAACCUCGCAGUUAUGUCUUGCUAGUACGUCUCGUAUUCGAAUACCGUGUGAUAUCGCGUGUGAGUCAUCGUCGAAUCAAUCGAUGAAUUUCCUGGUGAAAUAAGCUUUUCGUUUAAAUUCGAAGUACUAGCGAAAUUUUGUCACAUUGAUAUAGUUUCGUGGCAUCGUUUAUGUACAAAUUUUAUGAAAUUAAAAAAAAAAUGUUUCUUA